UUGAUUGCAUGAGUUGGGCUGCUCCGGUUGAUCCCUCGUUUUGUUUGGAAGGAUUUUCUUUAGGUACUCUACCCUUAACUUGGUGCUGGGAAGAUGGCAUUGGCCACCACCAGAGAGCGCAGAAGUAAUGCUGGGAAUCGCAUGAACAAACUGAUUGGGGAAGAAGAGGAAGAUGACUUUUACACAACUACUUAUGGAGGUUUCAAUGAAGAGGAGGAGGACAAGGACUACGCGUCCGAGAAGGAGGUGGAGGAUGUGGUGGACUCUGACUUUGACAUUGACGAGACAGACGAGGUCAAGUCGGACCACGAGGACGCGGAUGGACAGGGUCCUCGUCGGGUCCAGAAAGGCGUCGUCACAAAAGCUUAUAAGGAACCAGUCAAGAAGAAGACGGUCACAGCUACUCCAGCUGUUAAAGUAGAAAAGAAACAGAAGAAGAGACUGACCAGAAAGGCUUUGAGUAAUGCUGGAAUCGUGGCGGCUCGUCGCCGCUCCACGCUGGCCAAGUCGGCGGAGACGGCGCGCCGACAGCGUGAGCGGGAGCAGUCUGAGCGGCGCCGCGCGCCCCGCCGCGUGGUGCCCGAGCGCAAGAUGACCCAGGAGGAGAUCCUGGAGGAGGCCAAGGCCACAGAACAGGAGAACCUCAAGACGCUCGAGAAGUACCUGCUGAUGGAGAUCGAGAAAAAGAAGCUGAAGCCGGUGAAGAAGGAGUACACGGGCCCGAUGGUGCGCUACCACUCGGUCCGUAUGCCGCUGAUCGAGGAGGUGCCCGUGGUGGAGCCGCCGGCGCCCAUACAGGGCGAGAUGCGUCUCGAUGACAUCCAGAUCGAGUUCUCGGAGCCGGCGGCCGUGCGGGACGACAUCAAGUACGAGUCGAAGAUGGUGGGCCACUGCGAGCGCACGUUCAUCUCAUUCUCCGAGCCGGCCAUGGUGGAGCGCUUUUUCCCCAACGAGAAACCCAAGGUCAAGCAGAGGAGCGUCUGCCCCAUCACCAGGCUGCCGGCCAGGUACUUCGACCCCAUCACCCGGCUACCGUACGCCAACCUGCAGGCCAUCAAGGUACUCCGCGAGGCCUACUACCAGCAGCUGGAGCUCAAGGGCAACAGGAACAUCCCGGAGGUGGCGCGUUGGAUCAAGUGGCGUCAGCAGCAGAAGGAGCGGCGCGCGCAGCUGCUCGCCCAGAGGCGACAGAUGGCAGCAGCGGCGGGCGCCGGCGGCAGCACCGGCAAGAAGUGAGCCGAUCGGCCGGCCUCUCCGAUGUCGUCAGCUGCUCUGUUUUGUACAUUUGCUUCAUGACCAUUGCUUUUGUAACGAGGCGCCCGAAUGUUCAUCUCAAGUGUUUUCAUCUUCUUUGAGCACAGUAUACGGGAUCUUGUGCUUGCUCACAGUACAUAUCGCCCUGCGUUAACAUAAACAGUGCGUUCUGUGAGCUGGAAUAGUGUCACAAUUGAAGAGGUUGUGCAGCCCUGCCUGUAGCGCCCCUGCCGCCAGAGCUGAGCUGCAUGUGCAAUGCACGAGAACCAUGUUGAAUCAGCAUGUAGGUCAAUACAAUAUGAAUUGAGA